AUGACUGUACCAGCAAUGCCUCAAAAACUUGUAACCAUUGACGCCUCUGAACCUCUCGAGAAAAUCUAUGAAAUCGUAGCUCGAGAUGGUGGAGUGAUCGUAUCUAAUUUCCUCUCCCCAGAUCUCCUGAAGGAGACUAUGGGUGCUAUCGAGCCUCAUUUCAGUCAACGUGAUUUCUACAAAUCAAAGGCUACACAUGAAGAACUGGGAGACGAUUUUUUCCCAGAAGGGUCAAAGAGGGUUUACGCUUUAUUGGCUAAAAUCCCUGAUCAAUUAACCAAAAUCAUGAGACUCGAUGUUUGGCAAGGUAUCAUGGGUCGUUUCUUAAACGACGAAUAUUAUUCAUACACUGGUGAAAAACUGCUUUCCCAAAAGAGUGGUUAUAUGCUUGCUUCCACCGCCGCUCUACGACUUGUCCCCGGAGUUAAACCCCAACCCCUCCACCGAGACCAAAUCGCAUAUCAAGUACGACCUGAUCCCACCAACCCUCUUUUCACUCCUAUGGUCGGAUGUCUUGUUGCCGGUUCCAAAUGUACUUUCAAGAACGGUGCGACCGCUGUCAUUCCAGGAAGUCAUUUAUGGUCACCUGACCGAGCACCCAAGAGGGAAGAAUGUACCUAUGCUGAAAUGGAACCUGGAUCCGCUCUAUUCUGUCUUGGAUCAACUUAUCAUGCUGCCGGAGAGAACAUUUGUGAUCCAACGGACGAAGAUGCUAUAAGGACUCUUUUCGCCGUUUUCGCUCAAAGAGAUUACUUUAGACAGGAUCAAGAAGAAAUCUUAUCUACCCCAAUAGAAAUCGCUAGGAAAUUACCAGAAGAUGUUCUCAAGCUCGCUGGUUAUUACAAAGCGGUCGGAGGUGUCGGAUACGUUGAGGAUCAUCAAAGUCCUCAUGAAUUCUUACACCAAGAUUAUGGUUUGGGCAAAUUCACAGCUCAAACUGUUCAAGUCGCUCUAUAG